AUGCCGGAUAAGGAAAAGGACGAGAUCCAGUCCGCCACUGCUACCCCUUCUCCCUCUGUGGAGGAAGGGAAGCUUACAGCUAUCGACGACCCCCAAGUUGAGCAAUUCUAUGGCUCGUCCACUACCGAAUCGUAUCGGCUCAAAUCCGAAUUAGUGGGGAAAUGCCUCGAGGAAAUUGGGAUGGGACGAUUCCAAUGGCAACUCUUUGUGGUUACCGGUUUUGGGUGGAUCGUCGACAACUUGGCAUCACAAGGACUCGGAAGCGUCCAGCCCCCGAUUGAGCUCGAAUUGCCGGGAAUAGUACAAGUCAGUUUCAGCUCUGUGGCGUACUAUGCCGGACUCAUCGCGGGGGCCUCAUUCUGGGGCAUCUCCAGUGACUUUAUCGGUCGACGACCGGCGUUCAACUGCACGCUGUUGAUAGCAGGAGUCUUCCUGUGCGCUGCAGGAGGUGCAUUGAAUUUCGUUACAUUCAGCGCUCUUUGGGCAGUAAUUGGGACAGCAGCUGGUGGGAACGUACCAGUAGACUCGAUGAUAUUUCUGGAAUUCGUGCCGGGCAGUCAUCAAUGGCUUCUGACAGCCUUAUCUGCAUGGUGGAACCUCGGACAGCUGAUUGUGUCGUUAAUCGCCUGGGUGUUCCUGGCGCACUAUAGCUGUCCAACGGACUUCACACCAAACACAUGCUUUCGCAGCGAGAAUAUGGGAUGGCGAUACACGCAAAUUACCAUCGGUGCAUUAUCACUAGCUUUCACUAUCAUCCGCACAAUCCUGUUCAAGAUGCCCGAAACCCCGAGAUAUCUUCUGUCAAAGGGGAGAGACGGCGAUGCCGUUGAAGCAGUCAACCAUGUGGCACGUCAGAACAAAAAGCCCGAACCACUCACGGUCGAGAUGCUUCAGGCCAUCGAUGAGCAGCUAGGAAUUGACACCUCCCAUGCGAGAGCUGUUGGUCUCUCCAAUAGAGAGAUUAUCCGGGAAUCGCUACAGGACUUGAAUGGCACGCAUUACAAGGCGCUGUUUGCGACAAAGAGACUCAGCCUACACACGGGCCUGAUCUGGCUCAUAUGGCUCACUAUUGGAAUCGCAUAUCCGCUCUACUUCAACUUUCUGCCCUCGUACCUCGCGACGAGAUUCACUCAAAACGUGUCCUUGGAUCUCACGUACCGCAACUACUGUAUUGAGUCUGCGGUUGGCGUUGUGGGCCCUCUCUCCGCAGCUUUUCUGGUAAACACCUUCUUCGGGCGUCGCUGGAUGAUGGGCCUGUCAGCUAUCGUGACAGGUGCAUUUCUUUUUGCAUAUGUGGCUGUCAACACACCCGCGGCAAGUUUAGCUUUUGCAUGUGUCACGGGGAUGUUGGCAAACUUCGAGUAUGCCGUCAUGUACGCCUUCACUCCUGAAGCCUUUCCGGGUCCGCAUCGAGGCACGGGCACGGGUACGGCAGCCGCGUUGCUGCGCUUUGGAGGGUUGGCGGCCAGUUUAAUCUCGGCUUAUACGGGAUUUACAACUGCGCCUAUUUAUGCGAGUGCAGCCCUAUGGAUAGCGGUCGGAAUGCUCUGUUUUGCACUACCGUUUGAAACCCACGGGCAUGCAGCUAUAUAG